CCGUCAGUCAGGGCCCAUGGCCCACGUCCCCGUCCUCGCACGCCACGCUUCCUCUCUCUCGAUUUCUUCCCGCGUUCCCUAUCCAGUUCUAGCUUAAAGCUCCGACUCCCCCCGCCUACAAAAACCCCCAAGUCCCCAACCUGCAGCAGGGCAGAGGCAAAGCAAGCAACGCAGCACAGAGCCGCCACAGAUCCCCAAGCAAACCCUAGCGGGCGAGCAGAGAUCGUGCUUGCAGCGAUGGAGGCGGUUGCCGGCGGCGCCGGAGAUGUGGUGCGGGUGGAGGCCCCAGUGAAGAUGCCGGCAGAGCACCUGGUGAGGCCGGUGCUUCCGCAGGGGGGGCAGGAGGCACCAAAUGUUGACCAUGUAGUAGCGGGGAAGAUUGAUUUGGAAGGUCAAAACAUGGGUGUGUCAGAAAAGUCAGGAGGCAUCAUGGGGAACACAAAUGAUGAGAUGUAUGAUUCACUACGAUUAAUUCAGGAAGAACGGGAUGAUCUUCUUUUCAAGCAACAGAUACUUGAAGAAUUUACUGCUGAAUGUGAUAUGGCCAUUCAGAAAAUCUUGAUUGAAGGGAAGAUGACACCAGAUGUGAUAUCAAUAAUAGACAAAUAUAAGAAUAUGUUGGAACUUGCCAAUUCAUCUUUCUCUGGAUACGGCGAUCAAAUCUUGACCACAGAGAGGUUGAGAAUAAGAAUAAGGGUGGCACUCCCCCUGAACAGUAGAUGCCAAGAGCUAGAUGAGAUCUGCCGGGACAACAACUGGAUACUCCCUAGAUAUGUGGUGCUACCUUCAGUAGAAGAUGGAAUGUUCCAGGCCAGUGUACGUAUGGUGGGCCUGGAUUUUGACAUGAGAAUUGACGGUGAUCGUUGUAUGACCCCACGUGAAGCGAGGGGCUCUGCGGCUGCCUAUAUGAUACAUGAGAUUCAAAAGAAAGGCGGAAGAAGAGAAGACAGAGGAAGAGAAGGCAGGAUAUGCAAAGUUGCCUAAUUAAACUCCUUAAAUUGUGAACCGGCAGGUGGCUGAGAAAAACUGUGGUAGCCUCGUCAGUACAACUUUGGACCAAACUUCCUGAGACAAAUAAUUGUCUUGUUGCCUUUUCUAUCUUCUAUUAAACCUGGCAAAGGUUACUCCUCGUGGACAAUAGUCGUCUUGGUCUACAUAUAUAGUGUUUGUCAGUCGGAAAGGUAGAUGGUGGUGAUUGGUGGGUUACAAGAAGUUGUGAACCAUGUGUCUUGAAUUUUGAAUCAGUUGUGUUGAACCGCAGAACAGUUGGAUGUAUGUUAUCUGGUUUUGAAAGAUAGACAAAACUUCCCUA